AUGAAGCCUCGUAGUGCCGGCAACAGUCCUUCAUCUGGAAUCAGGAAACGAUCAGCGGUGAACCAAAAUGUGAUGCAUGGAUUGCCCACUCAAUAUCAGUCAUCUCUGGAAGAAGCUUUUCUCGCCUCGGCCGCCCGGAACUCACGUCCGAUGAGCUGGCAUCCUUCUUCCACGAGAACUCGGGGUCUUUCCAACCCAUACAUCUCGGAUUUCCCUUCGGACGGCUACGCCGGUAUGGGACCCGUGUCUGAUCAAUACCCAAACUCGGCCAACUACUGCGACGAAAACAUCUUGUCAUAUUCUAUAACUGCCGACCCUUCAUUCUCCCCCGGCUACUUCCCCAUCUACUCAACCAUGCAGGAGGACUUGCCACUUCCGCAGCACAUGCCGGCGGUCAUGUCCAGCUCACAGAUCGACUCGAUGGGGUGGGAUGUCGCCGCCAUGUCCACCGAUCUGUCAACGAUGUCGCACCCGGCCUCCGACAUCUGGAACUUCGACAUGCUAUCAAUGGGCACCAACAUCCCCCCACCGGAGACAACAUGUCCUAGCUACGUCAACGUCCCUUCCCCAGGUGACCUGAGUGGUCCAUCAACACCGGACUUUCUCCCCAUCCAACAAUUCGAGGAUCCUUUCCAGCUCACCGCCGAGCCCAAGAAGACGGCAAAGGGCGAAGAAGAACUGGUCGGCAUGGGUCUCUACAGCCAGCCGAACGGAACACUGGCACGUGCCCCGCAGAGCAAAUCAGGCGAGGGUCUCAAACUCGAAGAAACAUUCACACCAUCCGACGAAGACAAGGACGACGAGACGGACGAGGUCGAGAUCAUUGGACAACAUGAAGUGCCCCAGCAACCAACGUACCAUGAAUCCGCGUCUACCAUUCGCCAGUCGCACUUCACUUCCAAGCAGCAGCCCAAACAAGCUUUGAAUUUCUUCCAGCGGUCUUUCUUCUUCGACACUGAUGAUACAGAUCAGCAACCGAUGGCUGUUGUACAGCCUUUUGCUGGUUUCAACCAGCCCUGCCUGAAUUAUGGAUAUGGGUGGAUCUGA